CACAAACUUUUACUGUGUUAAGCACCUCUAAUACUGUGGGGACAGAAUUUGAUUAGAAAGGGUUUUGAUUAGAAAGGGUUAGUUAAAUGUCUGAUAAUCCAGAUUUGGAGCUUCCUUUAAUUUAGGUGACCCAAGUGCAGUCCUUUAUUGUAGGCUUGCAUCUUUAUGGCAGAUGGGUAACCUACCAGCAGAUGUAGCAUCCACUGGUCCUAGAGCUAUGACAAACUAUGGUCCUUCCCCUUUUCAAGUCAAAUAGGAGACAGUAUGUGGUGGGUCCUAGAGAGGGUGAGGCAGUGCUACACAGAGGUGUUUUGGCAAACUAAGAGGGUUUUUCUCCAAGGAGAGCACACAGCACAGGCUCUGUUCUGCACCUGGCUCAAACUAAACCUCCUACAGUCUCUGCAAUGAGGUAUGAAGUUAUAGCCUUUGUAGACUCUAAUGCAAAGUCAGUCCUCUCCAAGAAUUAAUAACUUUGGUGCUUUCUGCUUUGGUUUGUGUGCCCCAGAAUGAUCACUGUUGUAUUGAUUAACAUGUAACAAGUAAUGCUCUUUUAAGAAAUAAGCCCUUUAGCUUGAGUUAAGGUGGUGUCCUUUAAGGCCUGUUGGUGCAGAGCGGUGUUUCUAGAGAAUAAGCGUGCCCUUAUGUCAGAGUUGGACCCCUGAGGGAAGGAGUGGCUGCUGGGGCCAUAUGCUUGCUCUCUGUGGGCAGGCAACGUGAUGUUAUGCAAGAUGCACGUCCCUGGUCUCUGUUUGUUCCAGCUGCUGCAGGAAAAGGGGCUGAAACCACUCUGAGCCCAGCUUAGGGGUCAGCACAGGACUCCCUGCUUCUGUUGCCCUCGCUGAAUGCUGAGCAGAGGAAUGAUUUCAGUGCCCUGUAGCUGUCACAGGCCGAGCCCACCACGUUUAAGCCCUGCAGGUUUUGAAAACGGGUUCUGUUUGCCAGUCUCCAGCUCAGUAGUCCCACGGACCGGGAUCUGUGGUCACUUGAGAUGUGAUGAGUGAAUCUGGGAAGAAGACCAGAUUGAGACACAAGUAGUGUGCCAGAACGGCGGGAUGUCUGUCUUGGAUGUACAGACCAGUUGUCUAAUGCACUUUGGGUUUAAGCUGCGCAGAAUCUGUUCUAUUUACCAAGGAAAAACCAUGACCUAUGACUCAGACCUUCCUGACAGAAUAGGCUUCUCAGUCUGCUUAAGUUAUUCCUGCCCAACUCAAGUAAUAAUGAGGUACCUUGAAAGCUGCGCCUAAGAAAAAGCUCUGAUUUAUUUUUUUUUUAAGGCAUCCAGAAGAGCCUGAAGAGAUCUAAGUAAAUUGUAUUUUUCUGUCUCCUCUUUGCUGUGGGGGAAGAGAAAAAAAACAUGAUUCCUCCAGCUCCAGGUCAAAAUCUGAGAUUCUGAUCCAGAGAGCACCCAGCCCAGGAGAGGUAUGUGUGAUAGACAGCCCAGUCCUCUGUUGCAGUAGAGCUAACCACAUCAGCAGCCUCGAUGCCAGGCCCCCUCUCUGGAUCAGAGGACUUGAUGUGCAUCAGGAAAACUGCCUGGAUAUCUCAGUGUCCUAGUGUCCUCCUGUAGUACUCGCUGUGUUCAAAAGUCUCUCAAUUAGCAGGGAGAUGAAUAUGAAACCAGUAUGUGCAAGCAGUUGUAGCGAGGGACAACACACGUGGAGAGAGAAGAUCUCUGCUUAGCAAUGAUGUGAAAUGCAGGAAGGCAGUUGGCAGACCUGCUGGACAGGGACCACAGAUCAGCAGCAGGUAGGGGUGUCUGCAAGACAGUAGCCAGGUGCCUUAGUUGUAUCUUUUUAUCUAGACCUGCUCUUGUAGCUCCCCAGUGAGAUCUGGAAGGGAGUGUGCUGUGUUUAUUACCGCAGAGAUCCCUGGCUAUUCCUCACCAACCUCCUCUCAGCUACAUAAAGCAAAAGCAGGUGCGUUUUGGGUUUCUUGGUGUCCGGGCUCGUUCAGCUCAGGCUUCCUUCCAAGCUUUCAAGAUUCUCUCCUCCAACCUUCUCGGUCCUUCCUGGUCCAGGAACCAGAGGGGUGAGGCCCUUUGCCACGUCCACCCCGGUCCGGACGCUCGCUGCUGUGAGUAAGCAGAGCCCACAUCCUGUUCCUACCCGGGAACAAUUCCUGCUGUGGCAGAGGUGGCUGUAGGCAAACCCUGCCAGAUGCAGGCCCCCCGAGAGGGGAAUCCCUGCAACUCAUCCUCACAGACGCUUUCAGCUGCUCCUAGCAGGAUGCCCAGCAAGCUUAUUGUUCAAGGUCACAUAAAAGGGAUUUCCUAAGCUAUUUGCUGUACAUGUGGUAUUACAAGUUUAUUCCAUCUUUACUUAAACAGCUGCUUUCAUACUCAUCUGUAAACACUCACUUUAAACCACUUCUUAAUGGAAAAAAUGGCCAAAGUGACUUCGUGCAAACACUAGGAAUGUCGUUACACAAAGUACCUGUGCAUCAGUCACCCACUCUGCGCCACCCGGCCUGCUUUGCAGAAUCCUCCCCAUCAAGGUGCCCGUUCUGCAUCUACUCCACCAACCGCCCCGCAGCGAUGGAGUGCCACCUGAAGACUCACUACAAGAUGGAGUACAAGUGUCGGAUCUGCCAGACAGUGAAAGCAAACCAGCUGGAGCUGGAGAUGCACAUCCGAGAGCACCGCCUUGGCAACCAUUACAAGUGUGACCAGUGUGGCUACCUGUCCAAGACCGCCAACAAGCUGAUUGAACACGUGCGCGUCCACACCGGUGAGCGCCCUUUUCACUGUGACCAGUGCAGCUACAGCUGCAAACGCAAAGACAAUCUCAACUUGCACAAGAAACUGAAGCAUGCUCCACGCCAGACUUUCAGCUGCGACGAGUGCCUGUUCAAGACCACCCACCCUUUUGUCUUCAGUCGCCACGUGAAGAAGCACCAGAACGGGGACUGCUCCGAAGAGGAGAAGAAGGGCCAGUAUUCAACCUCCAAGGAAGCCAGUCCACUCCUACCAGUGAACAGCUCCAGAAACCUCCUGUCACCCCUCUCAGUUAUGUCUGCCUCCCAGGCUCUGCAAACAGUGGCUAUGUCAGCUGCGCAGGGCAGCGGGGCACAGCCAAACUUGGCAGUGAAAGCCUUGGCCAUCAACGGCACUUCCUUGUGCUUCGACAAAUACUGGAACUCAGAGUUUGCCCACCUUAUUCCUUUAACCAUGUUUUUCCCCAAGAACCACUACGAUCUCACAUUCCAUCCACCCAGACCUCAGACUGCACCGGGAGGUGCCUCUUCACCUAAACACUCCUUCCUUGCCUACCUUGGACUAACAGAAAGGGCAGAGACUGUCUGAGGGCAGUUACGUUCUGUACCAAAAAUACCCCGACAAACCCAGCAGGUAUACAUUGCUGCAAAACGUAGAGCGAAGAGGUAACGAACACUUGUACCAUAUCAUUAGUAAGGUUUAGACAAUGGCUCUGUGUGUAUACUUAUUGCAUUGACAUGAAAGCUGCUUUAUUAAAUCUUCAAGAGGUGACCUACUGCAUACUUCUACCUUCAGAGGCAUGUUCCCAGUACUCUUAUCUAAGAAACUAUUUUGUCUUGUUAAGCUGAAAAAGAGUGUCCUUAAUGGCAAUCAGCACUUGUAAGAUUACAUAUUGAUGCAUUUUAUUUUUUUGGGGCUUUGUGUGCGUGCGGGUGCGUGAAAGAGAGGCUGCCUGUAGCGUGCCCGUGACAUUGCUUUUGCACAUCCCUUGGAUUGGCUUAUUUAAUUAUUAUUAUUCUUUUCUCCUUUUCACACACUCGCUCCCUCCCUCCCUCCCCUCCGUCUCCCCCCUGAGCUGUAGACUUGUGGAAGGAGCAACGCUUGGUUGGGGGUGGAUCGGUGUAUUAUUGCAGUGCUGUUUGCAGCUUCCUUGACUUGUACGAUGCCAAGGUUUGAGGAUUUGGGGUAGAACUGAUGAGGAAAAUGUUGCUUUCAGCACUGCAGGACGAGAGUAUGACAACAAAAAGCUUGUGUUUGAACACACACACACGCAUGCAGUGUGUGCAGUCUACACACCCACACAGCGGGCCCAAUCCUUAACUCUUACACCUGCAUCUGGGCCAGAGAAUACAACUUUUGUUUUAAAAGGGCAUAUAAAUAUUAUAUAUAUAUAUAGUAUUAUGCAGCGGUUACCUUUUAGUUUGCAGGAACAACUUAUAUAACUAGAAUUCUAUGGUGGAAAAAAAAAAAAUUCAACAAGGGGAUUUAAAAAAAGGGUAUGGAUAAAUUCUGGGUAUAAAUACUCAGACUAAAAAAAAAACCGGCAGUUUUGCACAGUGCUUUAGUCUUGCACUAGUUUGUUUCUCACUUGCAAAAAAAGAAAAAAAAAAGGAAAAAAAUAAUCUGUGGGCUGAAGGUAAGACGACUGUUUAUUUGAAAAGGUACCAGUAACUUCUUGGAAAUAUAAAGCUAUAAAAAGAUGCUGUUUGAACCAUGCAGUUCUCUUUUAUACCCUAUUUCAAUUGUACUCGCAAAUUCUACAGUCCUAUCGAUAACCCUCCAUGUAAUUAGUAACACUUUAUUCCUUUUUGUUAAUGGCGGAUAGAGCGUACACUGCUAGGAAGCUAACUUUAUACUUAUUUAACGCUCCUACUUGUGGUCAUUAAAAUGACAUGUUAUAUGUAGCACUUUAUUGCAGGAAGAAGCAACUGCAAAUUGGUUGUAUAACCUUUGUUAAUCUCAAAAUGCCAAGAGUGAUCUUAAUUUAAGAGAAGCUAACCGACUGUUAAUUGAUUUGUGUCUCUUAGACAGCUUAAUAUCCAGGAAGAAAGAUCAGGAUUAAAAAAUACUCUGCGUUAAAAUUGGGAGUAUAAAAUAUGAAACAUUUCAAAUUACCAUGUGACUUACAGGAAUGCUUUUUUACUGGAUUACUGUUUCCCCGUGGCGUCUCUGGGAUUUGGACCUCGCUGUCUUUCAUCAAGUGUUAGAAACAUCUGACCAAGCUUUGUCAGAGUCCCCUCUCUGUCCCUUGGCCAAGCCAGUGCAGGAGGUGCCCUGAGUCACAUCUCACCUGCUGUCCACCCAGCCUCGUGCCGUCCUGAAGGAACUUCUUCUUCAGGUUGUUGUGGGAUGGGGGGGAUCUGACGUGGCAGUUGGAGCCCACCCCUUGUUCAUGACCCAGUUCAGGAAGGCAUUUCUGGUCCACAAGGGCUCUUAGCCAUAUGCACAACUAGAAACAUAACUCAGUCUUCAUUAGUUCUUAAAUGAAGCUUGUGUAGAAAUACUUUUUUUUGAUGCAAAACUUGCAUCAUUUAACCUAUUUGCAAGAUUCCUACAUUUGUUUUGCACUGAGAUGGCCAAACAUUCUCCAUUAUCAUGACCAAACUCUUCCUGUUCAGGGAGGACAUCCUGAACUGUGCCCUCCUGUUAACAUACUGGAAGCUAUUUACCAGGGGGAAAUACCCAAAAUAGUAGCUGGCUAUCAUUUGAAGUUAACAAAUUAAAGGACAGAGAAGCCCCACCAUGUUGUUUACAUUCCAGCAGACGGUUUUGGUUCUAAGGAGCACGUGGCAGUAAAGAAAAGCCAUCUGUUCCACAGUAGGUACAAACCUUCACAAACAGCCUGCCUAACUCAGGGCCCUCUUUGCCACACUCCACUCCAUCAGAACUCCUGGUGACACCCCCCACCCCACCACCCCCCCUCCCGGAAUACAGACAGAACAGAAAAUGCCGUAACUAUUGAAAGCAUUAAAAAAAUUGAGUAUCUUGACAGCACGAAAUAUGCCAUCUGCAUCCAGAACCAGUUCUUUAAAGUACACCCGAUGCCUGUAUCUAUCUCUGAGCCCACCAUAGAAGAGCAAACACUUCCAAAUCUAAAAAGCUUAGUUUUCAAACCAGCAGGUAAAGUAGAGCUGUUCAGGAGGGAGCAGUAGGAAUAUCAGUAGGACACUAUCUCUAAUCCAAGAAGCAGUUCAAAUAGGGCUGGAACUUCCAAGAAUGAGGUGUCAGCGUGCCAACGCCACGUGUUCAACCGUGUGUCCCCCCACCACCACCAGUAUCUGACACAGUCAUGUUUAACAUACCUGGGAAAUUUGUUUAGCACUUUGGAAAGGAUAAAUUAAGGCUUUCUGGCAAGUUAUAGAAAUUUUCUCUGUAUGGAAGAGUGUGUUAGGAGGUUUUUAUUUUUUUAAGAAAAAAAAAUUAUGGUAUUUAUCAGAGCUCAUGCAUAUUAAAAUAAUUAGUUUGCAGUUCAAGGCUAAAGAAAGGAACGUUCUCCAGAGGUUUCCCCCACCGUCUAAUGACCAACAGUUCUGAUAAAUUCCUCCCCCCCCCACCAUAAAGGUAAUUUCAUACUGGUUUUCACUAUGCAUUCUUUAACGAAAGCUAGCGUGUUUUUCCAUUUGGCAAUUCAGUUAAAGUUCUCAGCACUUUUUUCUUUCUUCUGUCUUUUUUUUUUUUUUUAAUUGUUGUAUUAUGUUCAAAUAUAAUUCUGUCAAGGUUUGUGUACAUUAAUAAAAAUUUGUAUUGUAUAAAGCUUUUUGCAUUAUAAGGCUGUACAGGGUCAUUUUGACAGUAACUGGUAUAUUCCUUUGCAUCUUAUGUUGCAUUGCCAAUUUCUAGUGUAUCCAGUUUGGAAGUACAAUAUACUCUAAUUAAAAAGGU